UGGUCCUGCAAGCGCGCGAAGGGCGCUUUCCCCGGAGCUCGCGGUGCGUGCGGGCGCCCUUUGCAGCAGCCGCGGCGGCUGCCCGAGGGGGCGGAGAGAAAGGGGCUGCGGCCGGGCAACCGGGCAGCCGGGGGGCGGCGUCCCCUCUCAAAACCGCCUGCAAAGUGCUCGGGGCUGCAGAAGCAGGCCGCCGGCUCCGCCGAGCAAGCAGCUCGACCCGGCGUUGAGCGAGCGCACUGGGCUGCGGGGCAGCGCCGCGGUGGCUAGUGGGCGCCGGUGCCCUGGGCGCGGGGCUCGGGCUCACCAUGCCCCUGCGGGGCCGCGCCGCCGGGCACCAGUGGAUCCCGGGCUUGCCCCCGCCACAACGCGCUCGGAUUAGCUGCAGCCGGCACUCAAGGAUUUGAAUACCGACCGGGGAGGGAGCACGCCUAGGCCGACCUCGGAGUGGCGGCCCCGCGGCCAAUAUGCUUCGAAAAGGGUACUGUGUGGAACUGCUGCUGCUGCUGCUGGCUGGGGAGCUGCCCCUGGGCGGCGGCUGCCCCCGGGACUGCGUGUGCUACCCGGCCCCUAUGACGGUCAGCUGCCAGGGCCACAACAUCCCUGCCAUCCCCGAGGGCAUCCCGGUGGACAGCGAGCGCAUCUUCCUGCAGAACAACCGCAUCACCUUCCUCCAGCAUGGCCACUUCAGCCCCGCCAUGGUCACUCUGUGGAUCUACUCCAACAACAUCACCUUCAUUGACCCCAGCACCUUCGAGGGCUUCGUGCACCUGGAGGAGCUGGAUCUGGGUGACAACCGGCAGCUUCGGACGCUGGCGCCCGAGACCUUCCAGGGCCUGGUGAAGCUCCAUGCCCUCUACCUCUACAAGUGCGGGCUUAGCACCCUGCCCGCCGGCAUCUUUGGCGGCCUGCACAGCCUGCAGUACCUCUACCUGCAGGACAAUCACAUUGAACACCUCCAGGAUGACAUCUUUGUGGACCUGGUCAACCUCAGCCACCUGUUCCUCCAUGGCAACAAGCUGUGGAGCCUGGGCCAAAACACCUUCCGGGGCCUGGUGAACCUGGACAGGCUGCUGCUGCACGAGAACCAGCUGCAGUGGGUCCACCACAAGGCGUUCCAUGACCUCCACAGGCUCACCACCCUCUUCCUCUUCAACAACAGCCUGUCAGAGCUGCCGGGCGACUGCCUGGCUCCGCUGGGGGCCCUGGAGUUCCUCCGCCUCAACGGGAACGCCUGGGACUGCGGCUGCCGGGCGCGCUCGCUGUGGGAAUGGCUGCGGAGAUUCCGAGGCUCCAGCUCUGCAGUCCCCUGUGCCACGCCUGAGCUGAGACACGGCCAGGACCUGAAGCUGCUGAGGGCCGAGGACUUCCGGAACUGCACCGGGCCGGCGUCCCCGCACCAGAUCAAGUCGCACACUCUCACCACCUCCGACAGGGGUGCCCACAAGGAGCACCACCCUUCCCACGGUUCCGCCAGGGACAAGGGCCACCCACACGGCCACCUGCCUGGCUCCCGGCCAGGCCACAGGAAGCUGGGCAAGAACUGCACCAGCCACAGGAAUCGCAACCAGAUCUCAAAGGCGGGUGGCGGGAAGGAGGCCCAUGAGCUGCAGGACUAUGCGCCUGACUACCAGCCCAAGUUCAGCUUUGACAUCAUGCCCACGACACGGCCCAAGAGGAAGGGCAAGUGUGCCCGCAGGACCCCUAUGCGCACCCCCAGUGGGGUGCAGCAGGCCUCCUCUGGCACGUCUCUUGGGACCUCGCUCCUGAUCUGGAUUCUGGGGCUGGCGGUCACUCUCCGCUGAGGACCCAGGACGCCAACACCCAGCACUGCCACAAGUCCACCAAGGAACUGAAUUCCUUUCUUCCUUUUUUUUUUUUUUUUUUCCUUUUUUAUUUAACAAGUGGAGGAUCUGCUGGGUUUCAUGCAAAGGCUGGUAGAGGCUUUGGCUGUCAUCUGGGUUCUGCCCAGUGGAUUGUCAACCCAAAGUGUACAGCCCCAAGCUGAUGGGAUCCGCGUAUCUCACCAAGCCGUCCCGGCCAGCCCCUGCCAGGCCCCAAGGACAACACCAAGCCAGCAAGGUGGUUAAAGGUUUGCAAAAUGAGUCCUUCACUGGCUGCAAUGGGACAGUUCCCUGCAAGAGCUGGGGUCUGUGGAAUCCUGGAGAGGCCUCAGGAGCCCCUGCCAUUCCUGGAGGAAUCAGGACUCAUAGAGGAAGAGACGAGGCCCACCCAACAGGCCGGGUCUUUCAGCCAUCUGGGUGCACAUGAGCAGGUGGCCUUUGGGCCCUUGCCACUCAGUCAACCCACCCUGAAUCCAACCAUGUGCCACCUUCAGUCCCUCCCUCAGGGGUAAGGCCUCUCAUUCCUGAUGUCUCAGGCAACCCUGGCAGCCCCAGGCCCAACUGCUGGGCUCCAAGAACCAAUUACCAAAGGAAAGAUCACCAGAGGCUGAAAUGUGGAACUUCAGGUGGAGCGAAGUUCUCACAGAAGGUGCAGUUUUAUAACUAUGUCCACUCUUAUAUAUAUUCACACACAUUCUACAUAUUAUAUACACACAAAUGCACAGGAUCCCCCUCCCCCUUACCAAGCUGUAUGUCUUCUCCUGUUUAUAAACUAUACGGAAAACUAUAUCUGCUGAACUAAGGAUUGUAUCGGUGAUUUCUAGCAAGAAGAGUUCUAGGAUUUUUGUCUAGAAUCCACACCUGGCAGUGAUAGUUUCCAUGUAUGCCGGGCUUGCCAGGGGCCCGGUGCGACGUGUCCGUGGGGAGGGUCAGGGAGACAGUGAGAAUCACUUCAGGGGACCAAUAUUCUUAGAGACUUAGAGCAUCCCUUUGUUUUUAUAUGCAACACAAGCCUGAUGUGCUGGAGCACUCCCUCACCCUCGCCCUGGGAGCUGUAGAGCCAGAGUGAGGAGUGAGAGGCUGGAUGUCAGGGACCCAGGCCCUGGGGGUGGAAGGAAGGGGCUGGGAAUUUCUUAGGCCAUGGGGCGAGGCAGCAUCCACAGUGUUAGUCCUAUAGGUUGGGCAGUGUCGUCAGCCUAGCAUUUUGCCAGUGACUGGUCUGGACAGGCCAGGGAGACUCUGGGCAUGAGCCCAGGCUCCCAGCAUGGCUCAGCUGCUGAAUUUUUCCUUGAUGCUCUUUGAUGGGUGUCCCAGGAAAGGUCUUGUAUAGGGUGGCAGGAGGGAGAACCUCAGGGUACCUUGGCAGAGGGGAAGAAUGAGGGCAUUUCUAGAACCAUCUCAGGCGCCUCUGCAACUUAGAGGCCCCAUCUCUCUCCUGACCCUGCUGAAGAUGCCUGUGAAUAAACAGAGUGUAUAUCAGGGUGGGGAACACAGACUCAGGAGCCAUGAGCCAGGGGGCUGUGCCCAGAGGAAGCAGCAGGCAAGCCCAGAAAAGGGACGGGGGCUUUGGUCAAGGUCAGCCACACUGCUGUCUUGGGCCUGGGCAGGCACAAUCUCUUUUGGGCUUGGCACACAACCUGAAUUUCCCAACAGAGAGAUGUGUGUGAGGAGAAAGCAACACUGAAUCCAAUUAAGAGAGAAAAAUAAUAAUAAAAAAAAUUCUCUUGGACAAGAAGCCUGUU